UAGUACGAAGGAAUGGUUUGAAAAUUCAUGAGGGUAGGCCUUUUAUAUGCUUUCAUGUUACAUCAUAGAAAGAAUGACACUAGUAACUAAAUUAUAUUUUUAUAUUAUAGGUAACUAUUAUUUGUGUGACGGAGGAUAUACGAAUGGAAAAGGAUUUCUUUCACCUUAUCGAGGUUAUAGAUAUUGGUUAAAGGAUUGGCGCGGCGAUAAUCCAUCGCCUCGUUGUAAAGAAGAGCUUUUCAACAUGAGGCAUGCUAGAGCUCGUAAUGUAAUUGAAAGGGCAUUUGGUUUGUUGAAAGGACGUUGGGGAAUUCUUAGAAGUCCUUCAUGGUACUCUGUUAAGGUUCAUAACAGGAUCAUUAGUGCUUGUUGUUUGAUUCAUAAUUUCAUUCGUAGAGAGAUGGAAGUGGAUCCCUUAGACAUUGAUGUAGAAGAACAAAUGGAGUAUCAACACGAGAAUAUUGAUGUUGUUGAAUCGUCGGAGGAGUGGACCACUUGGAGGGAUGAGUUGGCCCAAUCAAUGUGGAAUGCAAGAUUUUAAAUUGACAUAUUGCUACGUUUUGAAAUAUAUUGCUACUUGUUAGAUAUAGAACCUUUUUGGACUUUAUUUGCUCUUUAGAACUGGCCUAAUAAUAUAAAUUGUUGAACUGCCAGAAAGUUCUGUUUUUGUGACCUUAAUUGCAAGCCCUUAUGUACUCUUGACGUCUCUUUUGUUGUAUAUAUGCUUUAGUUUAUAGUAAAUCUUAUGAUAUUUGGUUCUUCCUGAUUUUUUUAAUAAUUUACCGCAUAAGUUCUUACAGGCGUAAUGAAUGAUCAAAUAUCAUCAAAUAAGAGAUCAAAAAAAUCAAGCAACACAACACCUUCAACACGAAGGACAUGGAUUCCAGAAGAAGAACAAACUCUUUUAGAAGGACUUAAAGAGUUGUGUGCUAAUGGUUGGAGAGGUGAUAAUGGUACCUUUCGACCAGGACACUUGAUGGAGUUAGAACGUUAUAUACACAAACAUCAUCCUAGAAGUGGAUUGAAAGGUGAACCACACAUCAAAAAUAAAAUCAGAUACUGGAAAAGAUGCUAUGGAAGUAUAACUUUAUUGAAGACUCGAAGUGGAUUGGGAUUUCAAUAUAGUGAUGGAACUAUAAUAGUUGACGAUCCAAAACAUUGGAUUGACUUUAUAAAGAUUGAUCCACAAGCCGGGAAAAUGAAUGCUAAGAAAUGGCCAAUGUUUGAGGAUUGGGAAGAAAUCUUUGGUAAGGAUAGAGCAACAGGAGAGUUCGCUGAAGCGCCCCUAGAUGCUACUGAAGAAAUUCAAAAGAGUCAAGCUCCACAACAUUCUAAUGAUAUGAGUUUGGGAUUUCCUAUCGAUGUUGAUCUUGAUGAUGAUGAAGAAGAAGAAGAAAAUGUUUACCAUAGCUCUAAAGUUGGUACUGAAGAAGCUGAAAAUGCCACUGGACAAGGUGAAUUUGCUACAGCUGAAGAUUUCACCGAACCUAGUUCAUUUACUAGAGCUGAAAAUGUCACUGACCUAGCGUAUUUAAUGAAGGAGAAAAUGUUGCUGGUUCUGAAAAUGAACAUGUUGGAUCCCGAAAAAGUCAUAAACAAGGUGAGUAUUCAAAAAGAUCAUCUUCUAAUGUUAACGAGAAAGAGAAAAGCAAGAAAAGGAAAAAAAUAGUAGAGGAUGAUAGUGAGACAUUUCUUAAGGGUAUGAUGGAAGUUAUGAAAAACUUUACUGAAAGUCAAGAUAAAAGAAUUGGUUCUUUGAUUGAAAAGUUGGGGGAUCGUGAUCGAUCUGAUGUUCGUGGUCAAGUUUAUUUUAUUCUUGAAUCCCCUGUAUUUGAGUUGUGCACCACAGAGCAACGUAUAAAAGCUGCAAUGAUUCUCUGUAAUGACGACAAAAAGAUGGAAUUAUUUUUACGUAUGGGUGAACAUGAUCGUCAGACAAUGAUGUGGAUGGUUGUCCAUGAUAAACUUUGAAGUACUGUGAACUUGUGAUAUAAGUGGCUACACUAGUUUAGUAAUUUUUACUUGAAAUCACUUCAAAGUGUGACAACAGUCGCUUUUUUGGGCAUCUCUAAUUAUUAAUGUGCGCAUGAGCAUGUUAAAUUUUUUUGGGUAACUAAAGUUUUAUCAAAAUAUCUUAACUCUUGUGUCAAUGCUAAGCACAAAUGUAAUUAUAUAGUUGUUAUUACAACUCUUCAAAUUCUAGUGUAGCCAUUUACUUUUGAGAUUCUGAAAUGCAAUUAUAUAGCUUCUAUGAUAGUUUUCUAAUAUGUCUUGUAUUUCUGUGUCUAGUCUCUGUUUUUCAUUGUUAAUUCCUCUAUGAGUUGAUGAAUGUGUGUGAUAGAAGAGGUGAAGAAGUUCGCUUCUAUUUGUUUGAACAGUGUGGCAGAUUAUUUCUCUGAUCGUUAUGCUAGUAUUGUUCCUGUUGGUGGAAUGUCAAUAUCUCCUACAUUGAUCCUGUUGGUGGCAUUUGAUUCACUCUAUAUUGCUGCUCGAACUCUCCAAGUGCAUGUCGGAUCCUCCGAAAGUAGUGCAUUUAUGUCUCCUAAAUGAUUCAGAUUGUUAAUAUCGAAUACCCCUGCCACCUAGCUAAUUCUGCCUUAUCAAUUUUUUAUGAAUGAUGGCUAGAUUCUUGAAGUCGUGUUGAAUUGAUGUAGUUAUCACAUUGUUUGUAUCGGAUUUCCCCUGCCACCUAGCUUAUACUGCCUUAUCAGUUUUUCGAUGAAUAAAUGAUCACGCUGAAUUGCCUUCAAUAUUGCUCCUGUGUUUUCUUGUCCUUUGGAUUUUGAUAUUAUUUGUAGUUUCUUGUACUUCGACUAUCAUAUUAUUUUGUUGUAGUUACUGUCUUGUUACUCUCUGCUGUUUUUGUUACUGUGUGCUAUUUCACAAUGUUCCAAAAUGGCGACUAAUGCUUAAACUUGAACUAUUUUUGUGUUUUCUAUUGUAAAUGCAGUCCAGUCAAGUAUAUUUAGCUUCAUUUCCAUCGGUUGUGAACAUCUUUGUAUAUUUUAAUCCGAGAGUUGGGUUACUUGGGGCUACCGGAGAGAGCUCUGGAAACAUUUUGUUGGGUGAAGAAACAACCCCAUCUUUUCCCAGAUGAUCAUAUUCUUUGUUCUACCAUUGAAGUUUUGGCAGGGUCAAAUGAGUUGAAAGUGCCAUUUGAUUUGGACAAGUUCACUGGCUUGGCUAGUCGGGGUGUGUAUGAAGCAAUGUUAAGGGGUUAUAUUAAAGGAGG